AAACACAUAUGCGAAAUCGGCACAUAGGACUUCUCCGCAUACUCACGGACUUCCCCACCCGAUUUCCUCCGCACUCACUUUCUUCUCUCUUUGUCGAUUUACCACAAAUCAUCUCUUCCCCCUAUCCAAGUCUUCACUACCAAUCUCUACUCGAAGUAUACAAUACCAUCCAUCCAAAAUGGCCACCAUCUCACGAGCGACCCGAAUCCGCAACCCAGCCCUAUUCAUCUGCGACAUUCAAGAAAAAUUCCGACCCGUAAUCUACGAAUUCUCCAGAUUAAUUCCAACAACUACCAAACUCCUUAAAGCAGCCAACCACCUCCAAAUCCCAACCUACAUCACGACCCAAAACCGAUCCAAACUUGGCGACACAAUCUCGGAACUGCAACCCCACCUCUCGACGCCCAAUAUCAAAGCUAAUAUCGACAAGACCCUAUUCUCGAUGAUCACACCCGAGAUCGAGAGCCAAUUACCGAAAGUAAGUGCCGAGGAGACAGGUAUCGAUGCGAUUAUUGUGGGGAUCGAGACGCAUGUCUGUGUGACGCAGACGACGCUGGAUUUGUUGGAGCGGGGGCAUCGGGUUUAUGUUAUUGUGGAUGGGGUGAGUAGUGUUAAUCCGGAGGAGAGGGGGAUUGCGUUGGCGCGGUUGAGGGAUGCAGGGGCGGUGGUGACGAGUAGUGAGAGUGUUUUGUUUGAGGUUUUGGGGGAUGCAGGCCAUGGGGGGUUUAGGGCUAUUAGUGGGUUUGUUAAGGAGAUGAAGGAGGAGACGAAGGGGGCGAUGGAGGUUUUUUCGAAGAUUUAGCUUAUAUUUGCUUAAUAUGAAUGGGGGUUUGAAUGGUUACUUUCAAACGCUGAUAUGUUA